UGACGUCAUUUAUAUGCGCCUUUACUCGGAAAGCUUUUUGUUUUGUUGAUGUUCGCUUUCUGUGGUGUUUUUGGCAUUAUGCAGGAGUUUGGCUACAUUUAGGAUGAAUGCAUUUAAGUAAUAACCUAUUUUCUACGAUAGUGCUCCGUACGUAGCCGAUUCUGAUAAGAAUCGUCUAUUUUUAUUACUCCCAGUGUGUGAAAUUGAUCCUGAUGGCGAAUGACCGACUGCGAGCUUUGGAAGAGGUUGAGAAUCAAAUUGCAACGAUUCUGCAGUGCGCCGGCAACGUUGUGUUGGAGCUGUCCAAAGACAAGCACAAUGCCAGUUUCCUGGACAGACAGCUCAGCCAGUUUACUGGAUCCGUCAACAGAGUGGAGACUGAGCUCAGCUCACAAAUCAGAUACCUCACACAGGUUGCCACAGGCCAGCCCCACGAGGGCUCCACGUACUCGGCCAGGAAAGACUGUCAAAUGGCCUUGAACCGAGCAGAAUACACCAGGGUCAAACUGGGAGAGCUGGGACGCACCUGCGAAGUCAUGCUGGAUCCACAACCCUGAGAGAACACACACGGUCGGUCGGCACUCUGGCAGAGCGCAGUAGGGGGAUGUUUCCUUCGCUCGCUGUCACCAUGGUGUUUUAGGACCACCUGCCGAAGAGAGGUGGGGACUGAAAUACUUCAUUUUUGUUUUGUUUUUGUAUGAUAUCAGUCAUGUAUCUGGCAAUGUUCUGUAAUAAAGUUUGUGUUUCAUUCCAUUAUCCUGCUUGUGUCAUGCAUACACAGAACGUUCACGCACUUACAAAUAGACCAUUUUUGUAUGUUAAGUUUUUUAUUUGACAUUUUCUAAAAUGCAGUACAAAAUAAAGAAGCGACAUAUAUUCUUAAUUUUUUUUAGAAUCUUACAUUUUUUUCAUUGUCAUUUUGUUCCAUUUUAUUGAGUAAAAUAACAUUGCUUAUACAGCAUCUUGGUUUCCUUGAUAACAAUAUACUUUGUCUUAAUUUAAUUAAUUCACAGAUAAAGUAUCAGGUAGCAUUUAAGUAUAGUUCUCUAUGAAUCUACAUUUUUGUGGUAGCUUAAAUUGUCCUUAAAAUAAAAUGUCUGACUCAAUACACAAGCCUACAAAUUGACAUGAUUGCGUGCGUUUCCAUGGAUAGAUACCUCAACUAAGAUUGAAGGGAACAAAAAUAAAAUAUUUGUUUUUAAAAAGGGGAAGUUAAGUAUUUUACUGAAUAUUUUAGAUGGUUCCUCACCCUGAAAGUAGUCUAUGGGCCAGGAAAAACUGUAAUCCAUGGUUGUAAAAUACUGAACUUCGACUUUAAGUUUUUCUACACUUCACUGGUUUAUAGACAUGAGGACAAUCGCCAUUCAGAUUUACAAAAAAAAAAAAAGCUGGUAACACUUCUACCUGAAGUGGUUCCUUAUGAAGUCUUAUGCCUUAUUAAACAUUCUUAGCACAUGUAAAUAUAAUAUAGUAACAAAACAAGAGGCCCCUAGCCUUAGCUGUGAUAUAUUAUCAAUAUAACGGCCUUACUGCUUAAUUACACAGUUUAAUAAACCUCUAUGGCCUCUACGGUGCUGUGAAUGUUCAUAAGGCCUUAUAACGCUUCGUAAGAUGCCACUUAAAGUACAGAGUUACCAAAAAGCUCAUUGUAACGUUUACAUGGUCCCUAAGAGUUUCUGGAGGUUCUAAAAGUUCUAAUCACAAAUAUCACAACAUUUUCCAUAUUGUUGCAGUGCAUUGUUAGAAUACCAUGCCAUGCGUUGAUCCAUUCAUUACAUGAACAGAGUAUGAGCUUCGUAACCUUCUUAUGAACCUUUAUAACCUUCAUGUGAAACUUCAAAACCAAUGUGUUGUGACUGACAUCACACCCCUGGAAAUAUAUUUACACAAAAGCAAAACAUUAACUUGAAUGCAGAUUUCCUUUCUAGUAAUUAUAUUUCUAUAAUUGUUACAACCUCAACCAUCUGGGUUCGUUCAAAUGUGUAAAAACCAACCAAUGUACAAAAUGUUUUGUUUAACGUGACCAAUAACUCUUGUUAACCAUGAACAGUUGUUGAAUUAGGCAGCACGUUAUGAAAAAAAACACAUUCUUGUCAUUGAACCAAAAUGGCUACAGUUACAAUCUAAUCCAUUUAAACACACCUCUACCCGGAUAUUAAAAUACAUCUUAUAAGAAGAGGUGGUCAUUGUUGUUACAUUGCAUUUGCUGGCUUAGUAAUUUGUAACUCUUGGUUUGCUGUCGUUGAAGCUUAUCCUUCUGAAACUGUACACAAGGUGGAUACUUUAUCUUUUAUGUUUAUACAUUAUAUAAAUCUAUAACCUGAUCAAACACAGUGAUUUCCAAUCUGAUAAGUGAGCCAAGUUGCAAUCAAUCAAUCCUCCUCAUCUACCUUUGUUCUGCACCUACACACCAUGAUAGACACACGUAAUUGACUGCAAUGUACUUCUCUGUACUAUCCUAUCGGGUGUCUACAAUCUAGAUACUACAGCAGUAGCCUAUGGCUGAAUCUCAAAUCACCCCCUCGCGCCUCCAUUUGCGCGUUCACGCUUUCCUCCACCAUUUGCACAAGUGUCCCAAAGCUGAGGGAGUGAAAAUGAUCCAAGGGUGUAAAGGGAUAUUUAGACUCUCAGAUAACAAGGCUGCAGGCUUCAGAGUGAAGUGCAAUCCCAACAUGCACUACAAUAUGUUUGGACUUUGCGCAAUUUCAUACAAAAUAAUGUAGAGGUGUGCCUAAUUAUAUGUCACAUGCAUUUGUUGUGUUUUUGUCUGAUUUCAAGACUUGACACAUGUAAAAGAUUAAAUACCUCCCAAAUUAAACUGUUACUGAGGUUUAUAUAUUGUAAAACUGCAGAGGGGAUUUGUUCACUUGAAUUUCAUGCUUGUUUUAUUCAUUUCAGUGUGUCCCAACGUUGAUGGGGUUAUUGCUUAUUCCAUUGUCACCCUCGGAGUUUCGUCAGCAACACGCGACAACAGAGGGCCCUCAGAGCGAGUUGAGAGGGGCGAGAGGGUGGUUUGGGAUUCACUGUAUCUCUCCAUAUCCUGUUCCAGAGGGGCCCCUGGUUAUACCGGUUUCCUAUACAAAACAUAUUUAUUGACCUUAACGUGGACUUGUGAAACCAACAUUCAUUUGAUGUAGAAUUUUUAAAGUUCAGUUUACACAAUUUUAACUGUGAAACCGGUUCGGAACUAAGACCAACAUACUAAGAGGUCCUGGAGAACCUGGAUUGGGGAGUCUGACUAUCCUAUAAACUGUGCUCUUAUUGGACUGCAGUGUUCUAUAGUGAACUCUUAUUGGCUGUUGAGUUGCAUUUACAGUAAUAAUAUUUACAGCAGUUGAGAGAAUACAGCAGGGAAUUAGCAUAAGGUUAGUUUAUAUCACUUAUGACUUUUUAAUAAUGAAAAAUAAAAUGUCUUUAAAAUAAAAAAUAAUGGCAACAUUUAAGUACACAUAUCUCUGGCGAUUAUUACAACAAUAAAAAUAUAAUUAUUUUCCCGACAUUAUUUUCCCUACCUCCCAUCCCCCGUGCCUGGCUUUUCCCCUCUUUCCUCCCAUCGCCCUUUCCACUCCUCCCAACAUUGGUGAUUCUGAUGAUUGAGGCCAAUGUUGGAUGCUGGUAAGUUUGAGAGAUUGGACAAUGAUAAAUUUAGCAGAUUUGAGGUAGAAGAUGCACUUUAACCACAGAUCUAGGAUCAAAUAACUCUACCAUCAAUCCUAACCUUUACCAUUACACUGAUUAAAACAAUCUGACCGUGUAUCAGUGAUUAGGGGAAAAUUUCAACCUGCAUCAAACUUUCUCUCCAGAAUCGACAGUAUAUUCGAGAGACCUGCAGAAGACUGCAGUACUGCUUAUCGCACACCAGGUGUGCCAUUGAACACACAUUUCCUUUGCUGAUUUUGAAUCAGUUUUAGCCAGGUUGAUCAUAACGAAUAACACUACAUGGAUGGGACCGGGGGCUGAUCCUAGCUCAGUACAUCCUAGGCAUGAGCCCUAAUCUUAUCGAU